ACUGAAGGAGAGAGUCGGAAAAGGCAGGACUUGUUUUAUUUACAAGCUGUUGGGUUUAUGCAGUACCUACUAAAUUCACCCUAAAUAUAUUCUUUAAGGUACAUAACCCAUUUGAGUCAUGCUUUUUCGUUUGUUUGUUGAUGAGCCAUUCACAUUAGAAUACAUUGUAAUAAGUCCUCUACAAAACGUAUACAACUUUCAUUUUAUAGAGCAGUGCGCAAGAGCAACCAAAGGGAGCGCUGUCACGACACAGGAGCCCCAUUUCUCACUUCCGCCUACCAAAAACGGUAACCACGGUGACUGGCGAAGUCUCGCGCGAUGUCCGUUCGCGUCGAGCGAUAUCUAUGGAGAAGGGGGGGGGGGCUUGCUGCGAGGAAGUGCAAUUCAAAUGACUGAUUAAAUUUCCAAAAGGCACAGCGAGCGUAAUGUGUCCCUCUGCCCGGCGGCCGUUACGGUAGAUCACGCGGAAUAAGCCACCACCGCCGGGGCAUCCAGACCCACCCUGGCUACAAGGCAGCGCGGGGGGGAUUUAAACAUUUCCGAUAGCUCUGUUUUUUGGGGGAGAGCUAACGAUGCUAACUUUAGCUUUGUUUACAUGGAGCGCGCGCCUGGUACAUGGUAGCUAACCGCUAACCGAGUCUCUUUAACCACCAAAGUAUUAACCGGACGCUCACAUUUCACCACAGUUUAGCUAGUUUUUUUGGAAGAUAUGUUAUUUAUGGCUGAGUCGAGCGACUUGUUGCCCGAGGCGACGAGCCGCCGACACAUCCGUGAGCGAGCUAGCUAGCUAUGCUAACGGUUAGCCCCCAUUAAACAAUGCUAACCCCUUGAAGAUGGCUCUAUAACUUCAACGUUCGUUCCGACAGUGGAGUAAUAAUAAGCGUGAACAGCCUCUUUGCUUCGUGUGGAUAUAAUCCCCCUCAACACACAAGCCGUACCCCAACUCCUUCCCCCGAGAGGCGGCGAUGAACCCGGUCAACGCGGCCGCCCUGUACGUGUCCGCUAGCCGGGCCGUGCUGCAGUGCGAUCCGCGGCAUCCGCACACCUUCUCGGACAUGUACACGCUGCUGCCCUUCUUCAGACAGUCGCUGGCUUGUCUCGUCUGUGGCGAGCUGGUGCAGGACCCGGUGUCGGCGCCGCACCCCGGCUGUCCGCACCACGUGUGUCUGGGCUGCCGUGGCCAAAAGAUGGCGGGGCGACCGGCGUGUAGCCGCUGCCGAGACGCGGCAGGCUUCCGGGAGGACAAGCAGCUGUCCCUGUUGGUGCGGCUUUACCGGAAGCUGUGCGUCUACGUGGCGCACUCGGCACUGCUGCCGUGCGUCAGCACUAAUGCCGAGUUGAUGGCGCUGCUGGAGGAGGCGCUGGUGGCACCGGCGGAGAAUGUGGAGUCCACCCGUGCAAGAACACUGGACGGCGGGUUGGUGGAUAGCGAGCCUUUACGGGACGACGACCUACUGGGCGGUGAACCCGUGCAGGACGGCGGGUUGCCCGGUAGCGACCCUGCGAACCACGACUUGGUGGACGGCGACUUGGUGGAUGGCGAGCCCGAAGGGGACGGCGACUUCGAGCCGGACGCCUCCGCCGCCGAGUCGUCCAUCCACACCGACGUCGUCGAGCUGUACCAGGGUGCGGGGGCGUGCAACGGGGCUCUCCUGGAGAGCCUGGAGCCCUCCUCGCCCGAGCUAGAGGUGUGCGAGCUGAUGGAGGAGACGCUAGCCCCGCCCCCUCCGCAAGGCCUCGCCGCUUCCGACACGGCCACCCUGGAGCUGAGUCUCACCACUGGACCCUUCACUGCCGAAGCCUUCGCCCCCGGAUCCAUCCCGACCGCAGCCUUCCCCGCCGGGGCCUUUGCCCCCGCGUCGGGCGGCAGGGAGUUGGAGGAGGGUGAGGUUCUCCUCCUCAGCGUCGAGGAGGUCCUCCAGACUCUGGACCCCCUUCAGCCGCCCACCGACAGCCCACCGGACCGCCACGCUCACAUGUACCUCCAGCUGGACGCCACCCACAACUACACACAGCUGCACGCGGACAGGACUCACAUGGCCCUGAGCCCCGCGUUCGCCCCUCCCUCUCUCGCCACCCCGCUGCCCCCCUCGCCUUCCUCCUCCGCGCCAUCGUCACGUCACAAACGCAAGCGCUCGCGAUCGGAGAGCGACCGAGAACAGGUGAAGCCGCUCCCCAUCGCCUCCAUCCUGCAGGGGCCCACAUCGCCGCACGGACAGCACGCCGCCGCACCCUCCUUCGUCGCGCCGCCCCACGCCUACUCGUCUCUCUACAACGGGGUGGCGCCCAAGCCCGCCCGCCAACACCACCACCAUCAUCACCACCACCACAGCAAAGGUGCCCGCAAGCACGGCGAGCUGGGGCCCAAGAAGAAGGCGCGCGCAGGUGGCAAGAGCAAGGAGCGCAGUAAAGAGCAACGGCUGCAGCUGUCCGGCUGCCUGGUGCCCCCCGCGCCGCCCCGCCCGCCCUACAAAAAGCCCGUGGAGAAGAAAGGCUGCAAAUGCGGACGUGCCACCCAGAACCCCUCGGUGCUCACCUGCAGGGGGCAGCGCUGCCCCUGCUACUCCAACCGCAAGGCAUGCCUGGACUGCAUCUGCCGCGGCUGCCAGAACUCUUACAUGGCAAACGGCGAGAAAAAGCUGGAGGCGUUCGCCGUGCCCGAGAAGGCGCUGGAACAGACGCGGCUCACGCUGGGCAUCAACCUCACCAGCAUCACGGCGGCCGCCGCCCUCCGCAGUCCGUCGGGCAGCGGCCUCCGCGCCGGCACCCUGCUCAACGUGGCGGCGGCCACCGGCGCGCCCGUUGCCACCGCCUUCCUGUCGGCCAGCAGCCCGCCAAGGGACCCCACCUACGAGGACAGCCUUGAGCUGCUCAUUGGCUGAACCCUAUGAGGAGGUGGGCCAGAUUUUUUUUUUCCCCGGUGCUUGUUGAAUGUUCCGGCUGCUCGCCACCCCUGCCCCCCCUGAAGGGGGCGCACUAUGGCAGCUGCUUUUCUUCUGUGGUGGAAAAUGCGCAGUAGCCGGACUAGUGUGGGUGUGCCAAACCCUCCUGUAACGGUGCCUGUGUGUGUAUGUGUGUGUGCGCGUGGGUGUGCUGCUCUCAACCCCUUCCCCCCCGACAUACAGCACCCUUGAAGGCAAUACUCCACCCAAUACUCUCUUGCCACAGCCCCAUGGCUCCCUUUUUUUAAUCUGUACCGCUGUGCAAGCAACCGUGACAUGGAAGUACUUGACGAACAUUUAGCAUCGUUAGCACUUAGCGUGAGACACAAAAACUCCCACGGUGCGUCCAAAGACAACACUGGCUGUUAAAAGCCUAGACAUGAGUUGUUUUUAAUUUUUUUUAUCUCUACCCCAACUCCCAAAACAAGAGUAUUGCGUGCGAUUGUGUGUGUGCGAGUGUCAUCCUAAUGCGUCAUCACUGUAUGGGUCCAGUAUGCGUGGGACCAACAAGAUAUUUAUCGAAAACCAACAAAAAACUAAUAAUGGGCGACAGAGUGAGGAGGACUCUCAGCGCGAUAUGAAGCAGCUCUCCGUUGGUAGCGGGCGCGUUACGACCUCACAACCAUCAGCAUAAACAAUGUAAUCUUCCCUAUAUGUGUGCGUUGAUGUGUGUCUUUUGGGGCAUUACUUGAAGCCGGAUUAGUUUUAGGUUGUUGUUUAUUUUGUAUCGCUAAAAUCAUUUGAAGAUGAAAACAUUCACUGCCAUGACAUGGACUCGACCAGUAAGACAGACACGUCAAUUAAAUGAUAGUUUUUUACUUUU